UUGAUGUGAUUUCAUCCCCCAUUUUCUCCUGUUCCUUUAACCUUUGCAUAAACUUUUCAAUAGUUGCCUCAUUUUUGGCUACAAAAAUUGAUCAAUCACAAUCCAUUUCAAGAACUCUACUUGAAAAAACAUGUCAAAUAUUGAUAGAGGGAAAGAAUUGGUUGAGGGAUCAUCAAGAUCCCCGGGUGAUCAACCUGCCACGCUGAGCCGAUACGAGUCUCAGAAACGUCGUGAUUGGAACACGUUCGGUCAGUACCUGAGGAAUCAAAGGCCACCAGUUUCCAUAUCCCAAUGCAAUAGCAACCACGUUCUCGAGUUCCUCAGGUACCUGGACCAGUUCGGAAAGACUAAGGUUCACUUACAAGGUUGCAUCUUUUAUGGACAGCCCGAGCCCCCGGCUCCCUGUACAUGUCCGUUGAGACAAGCUUGGGGGAGCCUGGAUGCUCUCAUCGGGCGGCUCAGAGCUGCCUACGAAGAGAACGGGGGCUCCCCCGAGACGAAUCCAUUCGCGAGCGGUGCGAUUCGUGUGUAUCUAAGGGAAGUGAAAGAGUGUCAAGCAAAAGCAAGAGGAAUUCCAUACAAGAAGAAAAAGAAGAAGGUUGGUGGAAGUGAGAGCAAAGGAGAUGAGGAUUGCACUUCUUCUCAUCACCCAUUUUCUUGAUCCAAUAUAUUGGAUUUUGCUGCUGUGCCUAGUGCCUGCUUCUCCCGAAUGGUUGUUGCUGAACAUUUAAGGGAUUUGCUAUAUAGCUCUGGAAGAAUUAUAUAUGUGUCAUAUUAAUUAAGUCACCAUUUGGUUUAUAAGCAACUUGAUUCCCUUUUUCUGCUAAUCAAGUAUUAGCAGUCAUGUUCAGAGGCCUUUUCUUUAAAUAACUAGUAAGUACUCUACUGUUCUUUCUGCCCAUUUCUCAGCUGUUUGUGAAUCCUAAAUUAGUUCUUGUAAGAUCAUUAUAAACUCUUUUGUACAAGUGAGUUUCCCAUUC